AUGGAAGAACAGGUGUUCUUUUUUUUAAGAGGAAAUUGGAGAUUUCAGACAGUAGGGAUUUUGGACCAGACUUAUAAGAUUAUCCUAAGAAAGGGAGCAAAAACUGUGAAUUCUUUGCAUCUGGUUCUUGAUUUAGGUGCUUCAGAUGCUUUUGCUGAGGAUACAUCUACAGCCAAAAGAAGGAAAAUCUCAGGAAAUGAAGAACAUGGCAAUGAUGAUAAAUUGAAAAGAGCUCAAGUGGCAUACUUGCAUUGGGUUUCUGAUUCAAUUCAAUGGCUACUUUCUUUUAGUGGUGUAAGGUCAUUUGGAGUCUCUCUCUUGGUUGCGGGGUUUGACGACAAGGGGCCACAACUAUAUCAUGUGGAAGAAUCCAAAUAUUUGUUUGAGGCAAAGACUAUUCAGAGAAUGGAGCUUUUGGUGCUUUCUACUCUCAAAUGGAAGAUGAAUCCCGUGACUCCAAUUUCAUUCUUUGACCAUACUUUUAAGGAGAUUUGGAUUGAUGACUAA